AUGACAAUGUUUACGUUACCAAAUUUUUGUCGCGUUUGCCUAAAGUAUGAUAAAAACCUUAUUGAUUUAGCUCACAUUGAAAAUGAACCAAGUGAAACGUUGAUGAGCAAACUACAACUAUGUGUAUCAGAAGUGGAGUGGACCGUUUUCAAGCCUCUAUUAUGCCAUCCUUGUAUAAAAAGACUCAAUAUAGCAUACACCUUCAAGAAACAGUGUGUGCAAUCAUCAGGAGUAUUGAAAAACUAUGUAGAACUUGUGAAGGAAUCUCAGAAAAAAAAUGAAUCUCAAAAUUCAAUAAAAACUGAAAAUAUCAUCCCUACCACUGGUGGAGCUUACAUGCUAUUGCCAAAUCAAAAAUAUGUGAAGAUCUUAGUUGGUGGUACACAAAAUCAACCAGCUAAUACAUUUCAGAAUGUAUUCUUGAAUUUGAUACCAACAACCACCAUCAACUCAGUUGCAGCAUCCACAGAUUCUACAAAGCCAACAUCAAAUAAGGAUACAAAUCAAAAUGUAUUCCUCAAUUUAAACAACACAUUUCAGAAAUAUAUACCUGUUUCACCAUCACUUGAGGAAAAACAUGAACCACAGAAGUUCACACCCAAGAAAAGUGAACUGAAAGUUUCUAAUGUAAAUGUGAAUAAGAUACUGACUGAAACUAAAACUGAGGAACUGAGUGUAGAAAUUGAUCCAACAAUUUUUGGACUGGAAGAGGAAGGAGACAGUAAUGAAGAAGAAGCAAAUGAUUAUGAUGAAGUAAUUUCACCAGCCAAAAUAACUCUGAAAGAUUUCAAAUCAAAUGGAGAGAAAACACAGAAUGGUAAAGAUGACCAAAAAUAUUUUGUUCCUAUCCUUCCCAAAACACAGGAAGACUUUUUUUCUUCUGGUCAACAUUUCUUGUUCAGUUCCUCAGAAAAUUCAGGAGCUUUUGCAUGUGAACAAUGCCAAAAAUCUUUCACAACAAAAAAAUUAUUGAAAGCACACAUCAAUCAAUUCCACUUAGGUAAACUACCAUUCAAAUGUGAAUACUGUUACACAGAGUUUACAACAAGAGUGGAAUAUGAUCUUUGCCUAAAAUCACAUCAUACAGAAACUGAUUCUGCAAAUAAUCCAUUGACCUUACAAGACUUUGCUAAUACCCAUAACUUGACAGAUUUGGAAAUGGAGGCCAAUAAUAUAAUGCCUUCAGAAAACGGUGAGUAUAUUUGUGAUGUGUGUUGUAGGCCAUUCCAUAGUUCAACAGGUUUGCUAAGGCAUAAAGUUCGCAAACAUAAUCAGAAAACUAAAAAGAAAUACUUUAUCAAAGGCAUGAAGAAUGCUAGGUGUGAUAUUUGUAAUAGAGAUUUUUCUACACAGUCUUACAUGCAACUCCACAAAAAGUUGCAUAUGAGGGAUGACAUUGGUUAUAAAUACAAAGUUUUUGGUAAGAGUAAAUAUGGGGAGGUGGAGAAAGAGGAAACUGUAAAGAGUAAAGCCAAAAAAAUUAAACUAGAAACAGAAAUUGAGGAUUCACUGGUGGAAAAUUUAGAUGUCACUCCUGAUAUUUUCACAGAAGAUGAUGAUAGAAAGUCUGAUGAUGAUAGGAAGUCUAAUGAUGAUGAUAGGAAGUCAGAUGAUGAUAGCAAUGAAGGAGAAUCUAGAGUUGAUGAUGUGAGUAGUAACCAUGAUUCCUCAAAAUUGGAAAUUGAUGAGGAAACAGCCUCAGACAAUGAAGUCCUUUCUGAGAAUUCUCAAAAUGGUAUGAAUUCAAAUCCAGAAGAUUCUAAUAAAACUGAAGAUAUGGACACAAAGGAAGAUGUAUAG